AUGAAGGGUUGGGUCAAUAAUGAAGAAAUUGACCGGUUAAAGAACGAGAGGAUAGAUGACAGACAUUUGGACGUAUACUGUGGACGUCAAGACAUGUCGAGGCCGUUCAGCAGGGGACAGAGAGGUCGGAAUGGUAGAUGUUAUAAAUGUGGGGAGAUGGGUCAUAUUGCGGUGAAUUGUAGAGAUGUCAAAUGUUUUGCGUGUGGGGAGAUGGGACAUAUUUCGACAUAUUGUCCAGGCAGAGCAGAGAGAAUACGUUGCACGGGUUGUGGAAGAUUUGGACAUGUGUUAAAGGAUUGCCGAGUGGGAAAGGUAGAAACAAGGUCAGGUUUUCCACAGAGAGGAGAGACUUCGGGAGCCGUGAAUAUGAGGAGUAAGACGGAGAUAGCUGGAAAAGGAGGAAAGGAUAUUGAAGAGGAGAUGACGUGUUUCAAAUGCCGAGAAAGGCGACAAUGGGCCUGA